AGCCCGCCGAGGCCCGGGCCGCGCUGCCCCGCAGGGGAGGCUCCUCUCCUGGAGCUGCCCUCGUGCAGUCUGGAACCUGAAGAAAACAUGUGGAGUGGGCUGCUACCUCCUGGCCUAAGUGAACAUGAUGCUGAGUUGAAUUCUGAAGAUGAAGCCACACUGGAGAACUCUGGGCUUAACUUAAAGGGAGAUCAAGAAGAGGGGCGCAUUACAAAAGCAGGCUUCGCAGCGUCCCCUAGAGAUGGCCCCAAACCCGAAGCAGAAGCAAAUGUGAAUGCUUAUGAAGAAUGUCCUUCUGGAAUUCCCUUAAAUAUGUGGAAUAAAUUUCAAGAGUUGCAUAAAAGACAUUCUGAACAGAAAACCUCAACUUCAAGAUCUAAAGGGAGAAAAAGAAAACGCUCCAAAAAAGGUAGCUUGAAGGAUGAAGAAGAAUCUCAGAGUGCACAGACUUCAAGUGAAACCCAGUGGAAGGAACUUACUCAGUAUUUUGGAAUUAAUGAUAGGUUUGAUCCCCCUGUUAAAAAGAAAAAAGUUGAGAAGUCCGGCCUGGAGAAGAGCGUCGACCAGGCAGUGGGUGAGUGGGACAUCGAGAAGGCCGAGGAGCUCAGCGACCAGCUGGCCACACGCGAGCUUGGUGUAAAAAUUGCCAAAGCGGUUGCCUGCCACAACUUUGUAAAAGCCAAAAAGGACGCUGAAAAUUCACAGGUUGCAAGAAAAAAGAAGAAACUUGCUUGGGGGUUUGAAGCAAAGAAGAGAUGGGAGACCAAAAGCAACAUGGGGUACAUGUGACUGCAGAGUCUUGCCCACGUUUGCGUCUCUGCUCAAGCUUUGAUUGGGGUCUUCAGUUGCCCUGUUUACUGAAAAGAUAUUCCUGCUUCUGUGAAAUAUACAUCAGGAAAUUGAUAGAAGUAGAAAAAAUAAGCAUAAAAUUUAAAAGUUGAUUAUCAAAUCUUUUCAGUUCUUUCUAGAAUCCAUCCUAUUGAAGUGAAUGAAAAGACACGUUCUGUUACUCAUACGCAAAAUCUAAGCAGACAUACAGGAAAGGAAGAUAAGAUUUUAUUUAUUUAUAUAGGCCUCAGUACAAAUCAGUUUCACUUCCCGUCUGUAUAGUGUAGCGUCGCCAAUGCGUUCCUUGUACCUUCUUAUCUGUGCUCGGUGCGCUGCACUUCUGGAAUUGUGUUUUUAAGAUUGGCAUUUGUUUAUAAUGGAUUAGUUAUAAGUACAGCAAAGUCUCAGUUGAUACCGUCUUUACAAAUGACUUUAAUUAUCUUAAUGUUUUAAUAGUAAUUAUUGGUUUUUUAAUGGAGACAGUUUCAAAGUCAAGCAAUUGAUUAAUUUUUGUGUACCUUCAGAGAAAACAUUUCAAUAAUAAAAUAUAUAUAUAUAU